AUGUUACUUCUUAUGUUAAGUGUGUGUUUGGGGUUGACUAGUGCGGUUCUACAAGAUGGCCAGUGCGAAAACGGUUGGAGCUUACAGACAGAUUUCGAUAUAGAAAAGUUUACGGGAAAAUGGUACAGCAUUCGAAGUAACACCCCCUGGCUAAAAGGCGACUGUUCGUACAUAGACAUUGAACAAGCAGACAACCAAUAUAAACUGCAACUGAGUUAUGUUAAAGCUAACGCAGUAGUUGAAAAAUCUGGUGCUGCAGUGUCUUCGGAGUCAGCUAGAUUCAACUUAAUCAUCGAUGGAGGCAGUAUCGACUUCAAUGUAUUAACAACGGAUUACAAUAACUACGCCCUUGUAUACAGUUGUGAAAAUGUUGGUACAUCACAAAGGAACGUAUACGUCUGGCAACUAGCUAGAGAUGUAUCUAAUUCUGAUGGUGAAACCAGACAACGUAUGGACGAAGUCAUCUCCAACUUUGGACUGAGUGCAAAUGUGUUGACUGAGACGUCUCACUCCGACGCUGCAUGCUACGUUGAACCGUUUACAGGACAACCUAUUGUAUUACCUGGGCAGUGCGAUAGUAACAUUGCGGUUGUAGCGAAUUUUAAUUUUACCAGAUUUGAAGGGGAAUGGCGUCUCAUAGAAACAUAUUACAAUCGACGUCAAACUGGAGCCUGCAACCGGGUUACGUACACAGAUAGAGGGUCUACCCUGGGUGUUGUGCAUACCCAUAUCCUUAAUAAGGAAAAAGAUUUCACCACUGCCACCGCUACCUUCUCAUCUAAUAACACUGACGGCAAGCUGACUGUAACUGGCGUCAAUGCAGCUGCUCCAUUCUGGAUAUUGGAUACUGAUUACAUUUCAUACGCCUUAGCAUACAGCUGUGAAAAUCAAGCUAACAACCAAAAACGAAUUUCCAGUUGGAAGUUAAGUCGGACUAAUAUAUUACCAGCGCAAGCCGUUCAAAACAUCAAUCGCAUAGUCAAUACAGUUAGUGACUUAGAUAACAAUAAUUUUAUCGCAGUUGAUCAAUCUGAUGAAGCUUGCUUCUACUACCCAUUUUUAUUAGAAAACGAUCCAGUUAUAUUGCCAGGACAAUGUGAUACGAAUGUAUCAGUUGUAGCAGAUUUCAAUUUGAAUAGGUUCAGCGGAGAAUGGCGCCUUAUUUCAUCAUACUUCAACGAACGUCAAAGUGGGACUUGCAAUAGAGCACAUUACACUGUUCAAGGAACUUCUCUGGGAAUCGAAAAUAGACAUGUCAUAAAUGAAAGAUUAUAUAGGGUCCCUGGAACUGCUACUUUUGCUACGGCUGUCCAAGACGGAAGACUCCGUGUUACUAUGGGAACAAACUCUGUAGAUUAUUGGAUCCUUGAUACCGAUUAUGACUCUUACGCUUUGGCCUACAGCUGUCGGAAUCUUGAAAACAAUCAAAGGAGAAUUUUCAGUUGGAAACUCAGCAGAACAAAUACAUUGCCAAAUCAAGCUAACACUAAUAUUAAUGCAAUAAUAAACAGGGUUGAUGCAUUAAACGAGAAUUAUUACCAAAAUGCCGAUCAAUCGGAUUCAGCUUGCUUUUAUUUACCUGAAUUUCAACCUAAUCAACCAGUUAUUUUCCCGGGACAAUGUUCUCAAAAUAUUUUUGCUGUAGCUAACUUUGAUUUGCAUAGAUUCAGCGGAGAGUGGCGUCUAAUAUCAUCCUACCAUAAUGAACGCCAAGUCGGAACAUGCAAUCGAGCUGAGUACACAAUUGACGGAGACUCUUACAUUAUUAAGAACAGUCAUGUUUUAACCGGAGGACUAGAUAGUGUUCGAGGAACAGCUAGAUUUGCGUCAGACAAUAUAAGGGACGGAAAAUUUCUGGUCACGGUCGGGCAAAACACACGUGACUAUUGGAUCCUCAAUACCGAUUAUGAUUCCUAUGCUUUGGCUUACAGCUGUGAAAAUUUAGCGAACAAUCAAAAGAGAAUUUUCAGUUGGAAGCUUAGUCGCACAAACACACUCUCACAGCAAGCGGUUGAAGCGAUAAAUAGAGUAUUUUUAAGGGUUCCCGAGCUAGACGAUAAGUACUUUGUCAAUGCUGAUCAAUCGGAGGCUGCUUGCUUCUAUUUACCUGCUGUAGAUGCAACAAAACCCGUAGUGUUCCGUGGACAGUGUAACGAAAACAUUGCCGUUGUUAGAAAUUUUGAAGCCACUCGGUACAUGGGGCAGUGGUAUGACAUUGAAUCUUACCCUUCUAAUUUCCAAGGAGGCACCUGUAACUCUGCUUUUUACUCACGUCGUGAUAACUUUUUGGAUGUCACCAACACUCAAGUUGUCAACCAGAGAAUAUCAGUAAGGCAGGGUGUUGGAAGAUUCGCAGAGUCAGAACAGAUAGCUAAACUCAGCCUAAACUUUGCAUCUUCUUCAUCUCGGGAUUAUUGGGUAUUAGCUACUGAUUAUACUUCAUAUUCUCUGGUUUACAGUUGUGUCAAUAUUGAUAGCCAACACAAACAAGUGGGAGCUUGGAAACUAAGUAGAACAAAACAAUUAACUGCAACUGCUGUAACAGCUAUUAACAGUGCUAUGGCAAAUAUAAAUGUUCUCGAAGCCCGCUACUUUGUACAAAGAGAUCACUCUACUACUGGAUGUUCUUACAACACCAAUAUUCAAGCUGGCGACCAAGUUGUACUUCCCGGAACCUGUCCUACCAAUAUUACGCCAAUGGCUGGUUUUGAUUUUGGAGGAUUCAUAGGCACAUGGUUUGAAGUUCAAACAUAUCCUAUUGACUUCUGGUCGGGACAAUGCUCCCAGCAACAAUUUUUCACCGCUGCUGCUGAUAGGCUUACCUUUGUCUCAAGGAGUGUUAAAAAUCAAGAAUUUAUUGAAAUAAGGGGAACUGCCAGCAGAGUUACCGCCGAUGGAUCUGGAAGAUUAACAAUUACUCUAGAGAACGCAGGGGGAACUUUUGCAGUUCCCUUCACCGUUUUAAGGACGGAUUACCGAGAGUAUGCACUAGCAUAUGGCUGUGUUACCUUGAACAGUAAUCUGAAACGAAUUUACAGCUGGAAACUUGGCAGAAACAGGUCGUUAAGCGCUGAAGCUAAUGCCGAGAUAAAUAGAAUUAUCACUGCUACACCAGAUUUGGAGGAUCGCUACUACGCUAAUGUGGACCACUCUUCUUCUGGAUGUUUCUAUCUCCCUGAUAUACCGUUGGGACAAGCCGUUAUAUUACCCGGUCAAUGUAACCAAAAUGUUCCAGUUGUAACAGACUUCAACAUAGACAACUUCUUAGGUACUUGGCGCCUCAUAUCUUCGUAUUACACUCACCGUCAAUCCGGUGAAUGUAAUCAAGCAGAGUACUUUAGAGAUGGAACCACUAUCAGGGUUAGGAACAGCCAUGUUCUAAAUGGAGACAGAUUAACGACUUCCGGUACAGUUUCAACCAUUGAUAGAAGUGGAAAGCUAACUGUUACAAUAUCGACUCGCACCGUCGAUUAUUGGAUUCUGUCGACAGAUUAUGAAAGUUAUGCACUGGCUUACAGUUGCAGUAACCUAAAUGAAAAUCAAAGGAGAGUUUUCAGUUGGAAGCUUAGUCGGAGCACAACACUAACUCCGAACGCACAGUCUGCUAUAAAUAAUGUUAUAAACCAAGUCGAUGCCCUAAACGAUCGGUACUAUCAGGAUGCUGAUCAGUCAGAGAGCGCUUGCUUUUAUUAUCCUCCUGUGAAUGCAAAUCAGCCCGUAGUAUUCCAAGGGCAGUGUGAUCCAAAUAUUCCUGUUCAGAAGAAUUUCUUAGCAAGCCAGUACCUCGGCACUUGGUAUGACAUAGAAUCAUAUCCUUCGAACUUCCAAUAUGGCACCUGUAACACGGCUCGUUAUUCCGCCCGUGGUAAUGAUGUUCUUAUAACGAACAGUCAAAUUGUCAACGCCAGCGUCUCAACAAGAGAGGCAGUUGGAAUAUUCUCUGAGGGAAAUACAGUGGGAAAAUUGCGAGUUAACUUUGGAACUGAAGACAGAGAAUACUGGGUGCUCAGCACGGAUUAUCGCUCGUAUGCUCUAGUAUACAGCUGUAAGAAUAUAGACGCUAACACUAAGCAAGUGGGCACAUGGAAGCUCAGUAGAACCAGGACAUUGGAACAAAGUGCAAGAAAUGCGAUCGCUGUAGUAAUGCAGAACAUAAGAGUACUAGAUGAGAGGUACUUUAUCGCCAGAGACCACUCAGACAGUGGUUGCUUCUACCACCGAGAACAGCAGGACAACUCGAUUAUCUUCUCUGGACAAUGUGAUACAUCUAUCAAUGCAGUACCGAACUUCAAUAUGAGCAGAUUCGUGGGAAUUUGGAAUGAAAUAGAAAUCUACCCGAGUGAGAUGAGUUGGGGCGAAUGUCUAUCGCAGGAAUACACUCCUGGCUCUGGAUCAUCAUUGAACAUGGUCCAAAGAAAUGUUCGGUUGGAAACGCUAUUCGAAAACCGAGCAGUUGUGUCUCAAAUGGCUAACGAUACUAGUGGAAAGCUGAGUCUUAGAAUUCAAAAUGCCUUUGAUGUGACCCUACCAUUCUGGGUCUUAAGCACUGAUUACUCAACUUACGCAUUCGCUUAUGGUUGCAUCAACCUCAGCGCAAACGAAAGACAAGUAUUUAGCUGGAAGCUCAGCAGAGAACAGCAACUGUCGACAGCUGCUUCUAAUGCUAUUAAAGCUGUUAAGAGAGAUAUUGCUGUUUUGGACGACCGGUACUAUAGAACUGUUGAUCAGUCUCCUGAAGCUUGCUUCCACUUGCCAGAUCUUGGCCCAGAGGAUUCUGUCAUAUUACCGGGCCAGUGUGACGUCAAUAUCCCUGCCGUCAGAAAUUUCAAUGCUCAACAGUAUUCCGGAACGUGGUACCAGAUCGAGAAGUAUCACCAGCGUUACGAGGGUGGGAACUGUACCGGCGCCAGGUAUACCUUCAAUAGAAACUCUGACACCGUCACAGUACUGAAUUGGCAUGUGGUCAACGGCGUCCUUGAUACCAUUACAGGAAAUGCUACCGUUAUAUCCAGUGACGGGAGUGGUAGACUUAGAGUCAGUCUGCCAAUACGACCGAACAAUACGGAGUUCAGAGAAACGAGUCUAUAUAUACUUGAUACAGACUAUACAUCGUACUCACUAGCUUACUCAUGUAUCAACGUAGAUAGCGAUCGCCGAGCAAUUGGUGCUUGGAAACUCAGUCGCACUCGUACAAUGUCAGCGGCUGGCAACACCGCUAUCGAUGCAUAUAUGGCAACACGGAAAGAGCUUCAAAGUGCAUACUUUACACCUGUAGGCCAAAGUGAUUCGUGUCCGGAACCAAAUUCCGCAUCUCUAAUUAAGAAUAGUAUUAUAAUGAUAGCUAUGUUAUGUGCAUCGCUACUAUACUUAUAA